GUUCAGGACGCGCCUAAAUAGCGUCCUAAAGCAAUUGACAAGAGAGCAAAUCCUGUCGCAAUCAAAAACAGCAUCAGAGAAACUGAUGUCACUCCCGGAAUAUCGGGAUGCGCGGCGGAUAUCCAUUUACUUGUCCAUGCCGGCAAAUGAAAUAGUAACCACCCAGAUUCUUGAACAUUCCUUCUUAGAUGGCAAGAAGGUGUUCGUGCCGUGCAUCUACAAGAGGUCAAAGCCGGAGCCCGGCAUUCCUACUUCGAUCAUGGACAUGUUGGAGCUGAAGUCGCUGGACGAUUUCCGCGCAUUGAAGCCGGACAACUGGGGUAUUCCGACGAUUCCUAAAGACUCCAUCCCGCACCGCAAGAACUGCUUCGGCGUAUCAGGGCUCUCGGAAGAGCAUCCGGACGAGAAAGCCGACGAUGCAGGGCUGGAUCUCCUGGUCAUGCCGGGAAUGGGAUUCGAUCUGAGCUUUGGCCGGCUCGGUCACGGGAAAGGAUACUAUGACUACUUCUUGCAACGAUACGCGGAGCAUUCACAGAAAGGAUUGGUUUCGAAAGGGAUGCCAUUUCUUGCCGCGCUAUCGCUAAAUGAGCAAAUCUUGGGCCAAGACGAGCAGGUUCCGAUGGGUCCUACCGACUGGAGAGUCGAUGCCUUGAUCCAAGGCGACGGAACCGUGCUGCGAGCUGAUAAAUAGCUCGUGGUUCAAUGUCUCUCCACCCGUUUGCUUCCCGAUGACCAUUCCCGACCGGUUCAUGAUGGUCGUCCAAAAAGAGUCGUUCGCGAAAUUGUUCUCCCAAACUCCACAUGCAGGGGCGCAUUCGUUCAACAAGGGAUCAUUGUACCAUCUGGAUAAGUGAUACGUUGUCUCCUUUCAACAGGAUUUGACCCAAAGGCCGCUUCGUCUCCUCUUGAUUUUUUGUCGC